UUGUGACUUGCAUAAUACAACUCGAUCGCACGUGACGCUGUUGUACGGGUCCACGCUUGUGUGUCACGAUCGAAGUAUCGGAGUCGGUAGUCAGCUGAUCCGUGUUUUACUCUAGCUAUAGGCCGUGUUACUAUAUAGUUCAACAUGGCUUUAGAAAACGACAAAGAAUUUCUUAUUCAUCCCUCAAACAAUGGCAAUGUCCCUAACAGCAGUAAGAGUUACCGUAGUGAGCAAGAUGUCUACACAUCAACGGGACAGGUGGAUAAUAGGAAUAGUAUACAAGAGGAGGAUGAUCUUAUAAAUCAAGGCACAGUCAAUGUACCACAGGGACAGACGUCGUUUAGCUUACGUAAGCUAUGGGCAUUCACAGGGCCUGGCUUUCUGAUGAGUAUCGCAUACCUGGACCCAGGCAACAUUGAAUCUGAUCUCCAAUCAGGUGCCAUUGCACAGUACAAGUUACUGUGGGUUUUAAUGUGGUCAACUGUAAUGGGACUGGUACUUCAGCUCUUGGCUGCAAGACUUGGGUGUGUCACAGGUCAAGACCUUGCUCAGGUAUGUCAUAAGGAAUAUCCAAAAGCACCUCGUAUUGCCCUGUGGAUCAUGAUGGAGAUUGCAAUCAUAGGCUCUGACAUCCAGGAAGUCAUUGGCUCUGCUAUAGCAAUAAAUCUACUUAGUAAUGGAAAAAUACCAAUCUAUGCUGGCUGCAUCAUCACUGGAAUCGACACCUUCACAUUUUUGUUUUUAGAAAAUAUUGGAGGGCUUAGAGUUCUUGAAAGCUUCUUCGGUUCCUUGAUUACUACAAUGGGAGUAUGCUUCUUUUAUUUGUACAUAAAAGUGGCGCCGGACCAAGGCGAAAUUAUGAAAGGCUUGUUUUUCCCAUGGUGUUCUGAUUGUGAUGCAAAAGCCAUUCAACAAGCUGUAGGCAUUGUGGGAGCUGUCAUUAUGCCCCACAAUAUCUACCUUCACUCAGCUCUAGUAUUGUCUCGGAAAAUCAAUAGAAGAAGUAAGGAAGCAGUAAAAGAAGGGAACAUGUAUUAUGCCAUUGAGUCAGGCAUAGCUUUGUUUGUGUCUUUCCUUAUCAACUUGUUCGUGGUUACAGUCUUUGCUCAUGCUUUCUACCAAAAGGCAGAUCCAAGUUUAGCUAAUGCUGGAAAAUGGAUUAGUGAUGAAUAUGGUCGGGGUUUAGCCGUUGUUUGGGGUAUUGGCUUACUGGCUUCGGGUCAAAGUUCAACAAUGACGGGAACAUAUGCAGGCCAAUUCGUCAUGCAGGGCUUUCUGAAGAUCAGAUGGCCGAAGUGGAAGCGAGUUCUGCUGACUCGCUCCAUCGCUAUGGUACCGACUAUUAUCGUGGCGGUGAGUGCACAGAGUGAGCUGGACAUCCUGGACAGCGCCCUUAAUGUUCUACAGAGCAUCCAGCUGCCAUUUGCAUUGCUUCCCAUCCUGCAUUUCACCAGUAGUGAGAGGAUCAUGGGAAGUUUUAAAAAUAGCAUCUUUGUUCAAAUCUUAGUUUGGUUUUUGGCUGUUGUUAUUAUGGUGAUCAACUUCUACCUGUCUUUCUCGGUGUUGUCAAAUCAACCAUGGUGGGUGUACUUCAUUGUGACGAUUAUCAGCAUAGUCUAUGUGAGCUUUGUCGGCUAUUUGGCAAUAGGAUCCAGGGCUGCUUUUCUAGCGCAGCACAAGUUAAUGCUACUCUUCGGCAAGACACCAAGCGUGACCUACCAGCAAUGGGUUGGCCAGCGCAUUUCGUACGUCAUCAACGAAGAUAAAGUUAAUGAUCAACAAGAAAACAUUCCUCCACUGUAAUACUGUGUAAUUUUGUGAUCUAUUUUUAUUCAAAAGAAACAUUAAAUUGGUUGAAAUUCCAUUGCUUUUAACAGGAUUGCCGCAUACUUUGAUUUCAAUUAGAAUUUUAAAAUACUGAAUGUUAAAUUUUGAAGCGGUUGUCUUUUUUUAAUCAUAACUAAAUACUGUAUAAUUGAUUAAAUUUAUAUUCCGAUAGUUUGUACACUGCACAUAAAAUAUAUCACAUAAAAAAUUUUCUUAUAAUACAGUACUGUAUUUAUUCAAAAAACACCCCCCACCUUUCCUAAAUAAAUUCCGCCAUUGGAAUUGAAUUUAAACAAUUCUAAUGAGUGCAACAUCAUACUCGGCACAUUCUAAGAAUGUUUUUCUAACCUGGUUGGGAUCAAUGUGGCUUUAUGAUCAUGCAAUAACACAUUUUGAUGGCUAAUUGUGUGUUGUAUUUCCACAUUUACAGUGAAGUUAUAGGUGUUUAUUUGAGUAACUCCCCGGGCCGUUUAUUCGAAUAAAUACUGUAUUGCAUUUUAGUAUGAUAAUACUGUUACAAUGAAGGUAUGUGAUCUGCUUGAAUAAUGUUUACAAAGAUGCAAUUUUAUAAUCAUAUAUUUUAUAAUCAUAUAAAUUAAUAGGUGCUGUUAAUAUAUAAUUUUCUUAAUAUGAUCUCUAAUAUUUAUGAUGGCUCCACAAAAUUUUAUAUGCUGAUGUUACCUUGAUAACAAAAUUUGUGGGUAGGGGGUAUGUCCCCGAUAUUAUCAUAAUUGGGCAGGGUUAGGAAAAGCCUCAAAGGUUGUCCAGAGGCCAAAGACCUCAAAAACUCCAAACAUUAGGAAUUUGUAAGUCUCGCACUCUGUAGGAAUUACAAAGUAUUAUUUUCUCCCCAGUCUCCUAGUACUGGCUGGUAAAUAGUCCUAAAUCAGGAUUCAGUGCCUCUCCAUUGUCAAAGAAUUUUAAUGACAAUGUGAACUAAUGAUUAUGUGCAUGUUGAUUUUCAUCAGUACUUUCUAGAGGCCCAAGUUUUUCCUAUACCAGGAUUCCUCGUCUUCCCCAAAUGGGGUCUUCAUUAUCACAGACUUUAAUGACAUUGUGAGUAAGCUAACGAGUGUUAAAUGUGCAAUACAAGGUGUCUGGCAGAGAGCCAACAACUUGUAUCUCGCCAUGAUACCAACAACUAAAGACCAGUAUUUGUCAAGAUUAUUUUUUAUAGUAUUUAUACAAAACUAUAUAUAUGCAGGGCUAGUAUGUCUUCGGUGUUUUUGUAUAAGCUAGUAUUCUAUCCAAGUGUUGAUUUCGUAUAAAACAGGAAAAGAAAACUAUUUUUAGAAACAAGUAAACUUCAAUAUUUUGUUAAACUGCCAUCAACUUAAUAGCAAGGAUUUUAGUGCCAAAAUGGUAUUCAAAUCUGAAUUAUGAAACAGGAAAACAUGACCGAAAGUUGCUGUAUUGGUCAAACAUUUUAAUGAUAGAGUAUGUAUAGCAUUUAAAAAAAGAAUUUUUUUUUUCUUAAUUACAGAAAACAAAUACCUGUACAUUUUUUAGACUACAUACAUUAUAUAAAUUACUAUCAAUCAGUUAUUUAUCGUCUUGAAUUUUUUUAGGCAACCUCUAGAACAAAAAAACAUGCCUGCUUUACUUUCUAAAAUUAGUAAAUAUUGCUGCCUUAUUUGUAUCCAAACAGAGUAUAUUGUUGAAGAAUAAAUGAUGACUGC